CUAACCGCUUCUCUUCAGAUUUUGAGGUCAGAAAGCCUGAGAAAGAUCUCUUUUUGCAGGUCUAAAUGGGGUUUCGUGAAAUCGUUUUGGUUCUAGCAGUCACGUUCAUGAUAGCAUUGCCAAGUGCUAAUGGCAAAGGUGGCGGUGGAUGGAUUAAUGCUCAUGCUACCUUCUAUGGUGGUGGUGAUGCUUCUGGUACAAUGGGUGGAGCAUGUGGGUAUGGAAAUUUGUAUAGCCAAGGAUAUGGUACAAACACAGCUGCACUGAGUACCGCAUUGUUUAACAAUGGGCUUACCUGUGGAGCUUGUUUUCAGAUCAAAUGUGUGAAUGAUAAAAGAUGGUGUCUACCAGGUCACAUCGUUGUCACAGCUACAAACUUCUGCCCUCCAAAUCCCGCACAAUCAAACACCGAUGGAGGAUGGUGUAACCCUCCCCUGCAGCACUUUGACCUUGCCCAACCGGUUUUCCUGAAAAUUGGUCAAUACAAAGCUGGAAUAAUACCAGUUCAAUAUAGAAGGGUGGCUUGCAAGAAGAAAGGUGGAGUGAGGUUCACAAUCAAUGGACACUCAUAUUUCAACCUAGUCCUAUUGACCAAUGUUGGUGGUGCUGGUGACGUUGUCGCGGUUUCUAUCAAGGGCUCUAGAAGCAACACAUGGCAAGCAAUGUCUCGUAACUGGGGUCAAAACUGGCAAAGUGGUGCCUACCUUGAUGGUCAAGUACUAUCAUUCAAAGUAACAACAAGCGAUGGCAGAACAGUCAUUUCAAAUAAUGUGACUCCUCCUAACUGGUCUUUUGGACAGACGUAUACCGGCAUACAGUUCUAGUUCCUUCCACUCCAAUCUCCUAACUUCAAUGUUUUCUUUUUAUGUCUUUUCAAUCACUAAUAGUAACUCUAAUGUAACAUAGUCAUAUAUGGGAUAAACCAAAUACAUGGGCGCAUUUUGAACGACCCAUGAAAUUGGUACCUAAACUAAACUCGAGGAAAUCCAACAGUUGUUUCCUAAGAUUCCUCGAGUCUUUUUAGACGACGCCCCUAAAGAGCCCCCAAAAGGGUUGGUGUCUUGGUGUGGCAGUGUCGUUUUAUAAUUAUAAGCGAUAGUAAAAGUCAAUAUAUACUCAAAGUUAGUUACAUGCACUCCUUUUGGGAGAUGCAAAGAUAAGUAGACAGUAUAUGUCAAAGAUUCCUCAAUGUAUGUUUUGUUACUUAUAAUGAGAACAAAUUCUAGAUUUGUUCA